AUGGUGGUUGAAUCAUGGUUUCGUGGUCUACUAAAGUCUUCAAGAAAACACGACCAUGGUCAAGAAAAGGUCCAGAUUGGAGUAUUAGCUUUUGAAGUAGCAAGCUUACUAUCAAAGCUGGUUCAUCAAUGGCAUUCUCUUAGUGAUAAACAAGUUGCAAAAUUAAGGGAAGAAAUCAAUAACUCAGUGGGUAUCAAGAAACUUGUAUCAGAAAACGAUGAUUACAUAGUAGAUUUGAUAUGUGCAGAAAUGCUACAUAAUUUGGACUGUGUUGCAAGAGUAGUCACACGUCUGGCAAAAAGAUGCAAUGACCCUCUUUUAAAAUGCUUCGAGCGUGCAUACGAUGAUUUAAUCAAGUCAGGCGUUGACCAGUACCAGUGGCAGUUGACCUGGAAAAAGAUGAACAAGAAAGUCAAAAAGAUGGAGAAGUUUAUUUUAAUCAACGCAAAUUUGUAUCAAGAAAUGGAAACCCUCACAGAGCUUGAACAAAUUUUAAGGAGAAUGAAGAGCAAUGAAGAACAAGAUAGCAUAACUUUGGUGGAAUAUAUGAAGAAAUUAGCAUGGAAACAGCAAGAAGUCAAACGACUAAAAGAGUUAUCUUUAUGGAACAGGAGUCAUGACUAUGUGGUUGUCCUUCUCGCAAGAUCCAUCUUCACUAUCUUCAAUCGAAUCGGGUUUGUUUUCGGAAUGAACCACGUAUUACCUCUGGAAUCUGAUUCCGAUUCCGAUUCCGAUUUCGUUUCCGAUCAUAUGUAUAGAAGUCAAUCGGUAUCCACAUUACUUCAAUCUUCCAUUCACCCAUCCGAGAAUCGCAUCACUUUAGGAAGCAUAAUAUCAAGAUCCGGCCCGAUAUCAAGAACCAACAAUCCAAACAAUUUCUAUUCCGGUCCACUUGGGAAUUCAACCACGGUUUCCGGUCCCAUCAAGCGCAAAAACAUAACGUAUUCUGGUCCUAUAAAGUCAACAUCAAAAUCCGGCCCGCUAGCUCGCAUGUCCAAAACCGGAAUCAAACUAUGGAACGGAAAGAGCCCGACACCACAUCGUUUCAGCACCACCGGACCUUUCAAAGGCUGUAUGCUCGCCGGAAACGGUUCUCCGGUGAAGCACUGUUAUAUAAAUCCAAACGCCACCUGUUCCACGACCCCACAAACAAUCAAAGAAUCCGAAAUGGAAUUCCAAUUACCAAACUGUGUCCCCAAACACAAAGUCUUUGAAGCUCCACCAGAAACACUUGGUGCUGCUGCUUUAGCUUUGCAUUAUGCUAAUGUUAUUAUUGUUCUUGAGAAACUUGUGGCUUCCCCUCAUUUGAUUGGGCAUGAUGCGAGAGAUGAUUUGUAUAAUAUGCUGCCAAAAAAUGUUAGGAGUGCUCUUAGAGUGAGGUUAAAACCGUAUGCCAAGAGCCUGGCAUCGUCGGAAUACGAUAUGGGUCUUGCGGAGGAAUGGAAUGAGGCGAUGUCUGGAACUCUGGAAUGGUUGUCUCCGCUUGCACAUAACAUGAUAAGAUGGCAAUCGGAAAGGAGUUUUGAACACCAGAAUCUGCUUUCCAAGACGAAUAUGCUUCUUGUACAGACUCUUCAUUAUGCGAAUCAGGAAAAGACGGAAUUGACGAUUACUGAGCUUCUUGUUGGGUUGAAUUAUAUAUGGAGGUUUGGGAGAGAAGUGAAUGCAAAAGCUAUGAUGGAAUGUGAGAGUGGUGGGUUGAUUGAUGAGUCUGUUGUGAACUCAGUGAGUUAA